AUGACUAGUAAGAUUGAGGAGUUAAAGGAAAUGAUUGAAGGGUCUAGGACUAAAAGUAAGGAACGAAGGUGUACAUAUAAGGAUUUUAUGGCAUGUAAUCCAUUUUCAUAUAAUGGGGAGGUGGAUCCGAUAAAGUGUCAAAGAUGGAUAGCAAACAUCGAAACCGUGUUUAUACGUAGCCGAUGUGAGAAAGAAGAUCAAGUAAUGUUUGCUACGGGUCAGCUUCAGCAACAAGCCAAAGAUUGGUGGGAUACCCAAUGUAAAGAGUUAGGGGAAGUAAGACUCCAAACACUAACCUGGCAAGAAUUCAGGGAGUUGUUCCUGAAGCAUCAUUUCCCGCAGUCGGCAGUUGAUAGAAUACAAGAUGAAUUCUUGCAUCUUCGCCAACAGAAUGAAUCCAUUGAUGAAAUCACCAACAUAUUCUUUGAUAAGCUAAAGUUCUGUGAUGAUUUCGUCAUGUCCGAAAGGAUGAAGAUAAACCGGUAUUACGGUAUGUUGAAGGCCGAGUAUAGGGAGUUCAUUACCCCCUCGAAGUGUGAAACUUUGAGUGAACUUAUCAAUUUGGCCCCGGAUAGAGAGAUAGAGCUGAAGAGACAAGAGGGGCAUCCUUAUUAUAAGUGCCCUAGUCCCGUAAGGACGUGUUUCAAUUGCUUUACUCCUGGUCACGUCAAAGCCGAAAAGAAGAAUGAAAAUCAGAAGGCUCGGGGAAGGAUGUUUCAGAUUACCACAGAGGAAGCUAAGGUUCUACCAAAUGUUGUAUCAGGUAUUUUCUUAGUCAACCUAAUACCCGUGAAUGUGUUAUUUGAUUCUGGUGCUAGUAGGUCUUUUGUGUCUAGUGAACUUAUGUGUCAUCCCUCUUUUAGAAAGGAACGAAUGUCUAUACCCAUAGAAGUAGAAGUAGCGGAUAGCAAAAAGCAAUUUGCUAAGUGA